CAAAUGAAAUUGUGCUUAAUGUAUGAAACGGUUUUACCACUUAUAGUUUGACAAGGAGACUAUUUUGCUUUUCAACACGAAUUCUAAUAGCAGAAACAUAUGGAUUGAUCGUCUAUAUAAAUUGACAUGGUUUUUAUCGAACGAAAAUCUAUUGUUAGUUGUGCAUUCGAUCUUCUGAAAGAGAGUAGAAGGACAACUUUGAAGAUCACGGCGUUGGGUAAGUAACACAGAGCAGGCAGUACAUUUUUGUUCACAGGUCUUCAAGUUUAGAGAAGAAAGCAAGAAACCAAGAAGAAAGGCAAAUCAAGAAGAUAGUCCUGAAAGUUUCUUCCCAUGGAAUUGAAAGACACUGCACCAAUUGGCGAAAAGGAGCCCGAGAUCAUGCUUCUUGAUAACCCAUUUGCAAGGUUGCUGCUGGAGGAGCUGAGAAUCGGGGAUCAGUCGCUACUCGAGGUUCAGAAUUUGCCUGAGAAAUCCAAUGUGCGCGAAGAAAAUGUGCCGAAAGAAGAGAAGGCUCUCGAGUUGGAAGAAAACAGAAAGCUGAAAGCGUCUGAGAGUAACUUGCUUAGAGGUACAAAAAGGAAAGCAAAUUAUAUGGCCCUGAGGAUAACUGGUUCUUGGACUAAAUCUGGAGAGAAAGAAGCAAUGCCGUCUUAUGAUCAUUUCCCCGCCGAUGCUUUUGAGGUUUCGUAUUAAGAACAAGUUCUCCGCCACAGACAAUACCUCCGGUGAAAAUUGAAAACGGAAUCACGAGGAAUUGCUGAUGUAUUCGUUAUUCGAUCAACAGCCCGAGAUGAGCAAUAAGGAUUCGUUAUUCGAUCGCAAGUAAUUCUAAUUCAAUGUCGAUGUAAAUGUUUUUGCACCGGAGUGUAAGUUGUUGCUUUUCCAUCAAACCUGUUAACCAAGCUCUGAUUGAUAAACAUGCAAUUUUCAGAAACCCCGAGCUUUUCGGGGGUUUGGGUAUGUUCCAACAACCAUGAAAAUAUGGCGAAUGCCAAAAUGCGUUGGCGGAUAAAUUAAAAA